AGUUUACCGAAUCCAAGACACUGUAGAAGUAUCUGGCAUCGGGAUACGAUCACAGCUGAGGGUUCUCGAAGUUCCCGUUGAUAGAAAUGUACGAACGACGCCAUGACUGCUGACGACGAGUGGCUGCCCCUGUCCGAGUUGCCUUGUCGGCCAUGGAUAUUCCUUUUCCAUGAUAGGUGUUGGCAGCAUCUGUUGGAGCUUUUCGGGCCGCAUGGCGCGGACUUGACGGACAUCUUCGACGCGUUGGUCAAGCUACCAUAUCCUGCAAGUAUUGAAUACGGUCUCCACUGCGUCUUCGAUCCUUUCGAGAUCCCAACGUUAGAUCAGCUCCAGCAAUCGAAAAGAAAGAUACCGUCCCGGGACCUGGAAAUUGGAAGGAAGAUUAUACACAAAGAGGAACUCAAGCGAUGGCUUUGGCCGCCUGCCUUACGAGAUUAGAGAGGAAAUCAGCGUGCUCCUGCGUACACAUGACGCCUUGAACACCUGCCUGCAUCUCGAGCAAUGAGUGGGCUUUUUGAGAGUCCAGGAUUCUGGAAAUCACGAUUUGAGUUCGUCGGACAGAGGGGUUUUCUUAAUCCUCUAUUAAAUGAGGUUCAAGUG